AUGGCGUCUCUGCUUCCAUCAGCCUCGGUCUCGGCCGUGCACCCCCAUCUCCAAUCUUCUCAACGACCCGUCUCCUCCUCGACCAUACUCCCUACCCGGCAAACCCGCACGUUCUUGACACAGCUCCGCCGUCAAGCACAAGCUUUGAAAGAACAAGCAGUGACUCCACCCCCAGCCCCGACCAAGAAACCUAGUGCCCCCAAGCCUGCGCUGCAACUCCAUAAUCUCCCAUACUUCGUGCGCCGAACCGGCUCCAACCAGCUACCUGUGUAUCUGGUCACCAAGGCCGGUGGCACCAAGCAGCUCACCAAGAUUCAGAAGACCGAGGGCGAUCUGGACGCACUACGCAAUGAUCUGUCGCGCACCCUGGGGAUUGACGCUGCAGAGUCUCGAUCCAAAACCCCGGGAGUCUCGAUCAACCGACUGACAGGUCAUAUCAUUGUCAAGGGCUGGCGGAAACCUGAGAUUCUGAAAUUCCUCACGGAGCGCAACUUCUAA